AUGAUCAGACUGAAGCCACGCAGUAACUUGAUCCACGGAGUAAGCGAAAUCUUUGGGAAGUAUGUGCUGAGCAGAACUUACAUAUACUUUAUGUUGUUUCCGAUAAUAUUUCUGGCAACAACUGCAAACAUCUUGUAUGAUUAUGUACCAUCAGUAAUAGUUCCUAGAAUAGCAGGGCACAUAAAAGAAAAUGAUCUUGACCUCCACACUCACUUGGUGUAUGAGUUUUUUCUCUACGGAGUGCUGGCUGGGAUUUUCGAAUACUUCCCCAUAUUCAUAAUGGCCUGGAUAAUCCAAGACAUAUACAGAGAUUGCUAUAGAGAUGUCUUCAUGGAAUACAUGUCGCUGGAAUACAGUGCCUUCCACGACAUUUCGCCGGGAGACAUGAAGAAUAGAAUGUAUAGGAAAUGCAAGGCUGUUGGAGAAGCCGUAGAUGUCGUUGUGCCUACACUUAUGAACUCGACCAUAUUCGUCAUGGUUGCUAUGGUAGAUAUAUAUAGAAGCUUCGGGGCUGCUAUAUCUUUGCUGUUUCUGGUAAUACCUGUAUCCUAUAUUUCGAUCACUGUUUUCCUGACAUCGAGAAGAAAUCGCAUCCGGGGGAGGUACAAUAUAGCAAAGGAUAAAUCGGUGAGAAAGCUCUGCGAUAUUCUGAACAACUACGAAAUAGUGAAGUCCUUUGGCCUUGAGGAGAGAGAAUCUGAGAUGUUCCACGCUUCUUUGCGGGAUCGUGUUACAACGGGAACUGUCUACAGCUGCUCUGAAAACAUCAUCACAUUUCUGCAGAAGCUUUCCUCGCUGGUUCCCCACAUUGGAAUUUUGUACCUCUCUCUCAACACCAACAUCCUGACGUUUGACAGGGCCAUAAAACUAAACAGCCUCCAUUCUUUCCUGAAGGAAAGAUUGACCGAAUUUGCCAAGGAGUUUACGGAGCUUUAUGAAUAUUACUACGACUAUUCGACCUCCAUCUACGAAAAAGAGAAGGAUUUUUCGGAGCAGGUGGAGAUCGAAGGAUUUAACGAGAGCAUAGUUGUAAGAGAUGUGGGGAUCAAGAGAGGAGAAAAGACUAUCUUGAAAGAGAUAAGCUUCACGCUGCACAAGGGAGAAAAGUUAGCCAUUGCUGGUCCAAAUGGUGCAGGAAAGUCAACCUUUAUCAAUACACUUCUAAGGUUCCUGGACUAUUCCGGGGAAAUCCUCAUUGACGGUGUCGAGAUGCGUAAGUAUACAAGAAGGUCCACAAGACAGAUAAUGGCAUACGUGCCUCAAGACAAUUGCAUUGUUGACGACACAGUUCUCAGGAACCUCCAGUACGGGAAUAAAGACAUCUCCUUUGAGAAGAUCAAGGAGAUCUGCAAAAGAUAUGGAACCCAUGAAGUGUUCAGCAACCUUGAGGGGGGCUACUUCAAAGAGGCAGGCCAGCAGGGAUGCGAGCUAAGCGUUGGGCAGAAGCAGUACUUGAGCCUGAUGAGGGCCAUAAUCAAGGAUGCUCCAAUCUUUAUCCUGGACGAGGCCACCUCUGAUGUUGACUACAAGACGGAGACGGAGCUAAUUGACUAUGUCAUGUCGGUUCUUGCAGACAGGACGAUAAUAAUGAUAGUCCACAACCACUCGCUGCUGAAGAAAUUCGACAACAUCCUGUUCCUGAAAAACAAGACAAUGAAGGGAUAUGGAAACAUCAAGGAGCUGCUCAAGUCGUCUGAAGACUUCACUGACUUUUAUCUUGGAGAGGAGCUUGUUCCCGACACUGGAAUCCAACCAUAG